GUCAUAGUAUUGGUAUCGGUGACACAAUUGCCGAUCCUCAGACGUACUUGGAAAUUCAAAAAGCCAUUAAAAAAGCCAAGGAGGAUGUAAUAGAAGUCAUCCAGAAAGCGCACAACAUGGAGUUGGAGCCUACCCCGGGUAAUACCCUACGUCAGACGUUCGAGAACCAAGUAAACAGGAUUCUGAAUGAUGCUCGUGACAAAACCGGCGGUUCUGCCAAGAAAUCCUUGACGGAAUACAAUAACUUAAAGGCUAUGGUGGUAUCGGGAUCCAAAGGAUCUAACAUUAACAUUUCUCAGGUUAUCGCUUGUGUGGGGCAACAGAACGUAGAGGGUAAACGUAUCCCGUUCGGCUUCAGGAAACGUACCUUGCCGCACUUCAUCAAAGACGAUUACGGUCCCGAAUCUAGGGGAUUCGUAGAAAAUUCGUAUCUUGCAGGACUGACCCCGUCAGAGUUCUAUUUCCACGCCAUGGGAGGUCGUGAGGGUCUCAUCGAUACCGCCGUAAAAACCGCCGAAACCGGUUACAUCCAGCGUCGUCUGAUAAAGGCUAUGGAGUCCGUGAUGGUGCACUACGACGGCACCGUCAGAAAUUCGGUCGGGCAGCUCAUCCAGUUGCGUUACGGGGAGGACGGGUUGUGCGGUGAGAUGGUAGAAUUUCAAACGCUACCGACCGUGAAAUUGAGCAACAAGGCGUUCGAGAGGAAGUUCAAAUUCGACCCGAGCAACGAGAAGUACCUCCGCAGGGUUUUCAAUGAGGAAGUCAUUAAACAACUCAUGGGAUCGGGCGAGGUGAUAUCCGAACUGGAACGGGAGUGGGAGCAACUGCAAAAGGACCGCGAGGCUCUCAGACAGAUCUUCCCGAGCGGCGAAUCGAAAGUCGUACUUCCCUGCAACCUACAACGCAUGAUUUGGAACGUACAGAAAAUCUUCCACAUCAACAAGCGGGCCCCCACCGACCUCUCCCCCUUGAGAGUCAUACAGGGUGUGAGAGAGCUCCUGAAAAAAUGCAUAAUAGUGGCGGGAGAAGAUCGUCUCUCUAAGCAAGCCAAUGAAAACGCCACGCUCCUCUUCCAGUGUCUCGUGAGGUCCACCCUGUGCACGAAAUGCGUAUCGGAGGAGUUCAGGCUCAGCACGGAGGCUUUCGAGUGGUUGAUCGGUGAAAUCGAGACGCGAUUCCAACAGGCCCAGGCCAACCCCGGAGAAAUGGUCGGCGCCCUCGCCGCCCAGUCCCUCGGCGAACCCGCCACUCAGAUGACCCUGAACACUUUCCAUUUCGCUGGUGUAUCUUCGAAGAACGUAACCCUCGGCGUGCCCCGACUCAAGGAAAUCAUCAACAUCUCCAAGAAACCGAAAGCUCCGUCUCUUACGGUAUUCCUAACGGGCGCUGCCGCUAGGGACGCAGAGAAAGCCAAGAACGUCCUCUGCCGAUUGGAACACACCACCCUGAGGAAGGUCACCGCCAACACCGCCAUUUACUACGAUCCCGACCCGCAAAACACCGUCAUCCCCGAGGACCAGGAGUUCGUCAACGUGUACUACGAGAUGCCCGAUUUCGACCCGACCAGGAUAUCGCCCUGGUUGCUGCGUAUCGAACUCGACAGGAAACGUAUGACAGACAAGAAACUCACCAUGGAACAGAUCGCGGAGAAGAUAAACGCCGGUUUCGGCGACGAUCUCAACUGUAUCUUCAACGACGACAACGCCGAGAAGUUGGUGUUGCGUAUACGGAUAAUGAACAGCGACGACGGGAAGUUCGGGGAGGGGGCGGACGAGGACGUGGAUAAGAUGGACGACGACAUGUUCCUCAGGUGUAUCGAGGCCAACAUGCUCAGCGACAUGACGUUGCAGGGUAUCGAGGCCAUUUCCAAGGUGUACAUGCACCUGCCCCAGACGGACUCGAAGAAACGCAUCGUUAUUACCGAAACGGGAGAAUUCAAAGCGAUAGCGGAAUGGUUGCUGGAAACUGACGGGACGAGUAUGAUGAAGGUGUUGUCCGAGAGGGACGUCGAUCCGGUCAGAACCUUUUCCAAUGACAUUUGUGAGAUAUUUUCGGUGCUUGGAAUCGAAGCCGUCCGUAAAUCGGUGGAAAAAGAGAUGAACGCCGUACUGCAGUUCUAUGGCCUUUACGUAAACUACCGACAUCUGGCCUUACUUUGCGACGUGAUGACGGCGAAAGGUCAUCUCAUGGCCAUUACCCGUCACGGCAUAAACAGACAGGAUACCGGAGCCUUGAUGAGGUGUUCCUUCGAGGAAACCGUCGAUGUACUGAUGGACGCCGCCUCGCACGCCGAGGUAGACCCGAUGAGGGGCGUCUCCGAGAACAUUAUCCUCGGUCAGUUGCCUCGGAUGGGUACCGGCUGUUUCGAUCUGUUGCUGGAUGCCGAGAAGUGUAAAAUGGGCAUUCCUAUUCCACAAGCGCAUGGCGGCGAUAUGACUUCGGGGAUGUUCUUCGGUUCGGCCGCUACGCCUAGCAGUAUGAGCCCCGGUGGGGCCAUGACUCCAUGGAAUCAAGGGGCUACUCCAUAUGUUGGAAGUGCUUGGUCGCCACAAAAUCUAAUGGGAAGCGGCAUGACCCCCGGUGGUCCGGCAUUCUCGCCUUCUGCCGCUUCGGACGCAUCAGGAAUGUCGCCAGCUUACGGAGCAUGGUCCCCGACACCUCAGUCCCCGGCCAUGUCUCCUUAUAUAUCGUCACCACACGGUCAAUCACCGUCAUACAGUCCUUCCAGUCCAGCUUUCCAACCCACAUCCCCAUCCAUGACACCCGUUUCUCCGGGUUAUUCCCCGAGUUCCCCCGGAUAUUCCCCAACCAGCCCGAAUUACAGCCCAACGAGCCCCAGUUAUUCACCUACCAGUCCUAGUUACUCUCCAACUUCUCCUUCAUAUUCUCCGACAAGUCCUAGUUAUUCUCCGACGAGUCCUAGUUAUUCUCCAACUUCCCCGAGUUAUUCUCCUACUUGUCCCAGUUACUGUCCGACUUCUCCGAGUUACUCCCCUACUUCUCCAAGCUACAGUCCUACUUCUCCCAGUUACUCUCCAACUUCUCCUUCUUACAGCCCAACCUCGCCAAGUUAUUCCCCUACGUCUCCUUCAUACAGUCCAACUUCUCCGAGUUAUUCUCCAACUUCUCCAAGUUACAGUCCUACUUCUCCAAGUUAUUCUCCAACUUCGCCUAGUUAUUCUCCUUCUUCUCCGAGAUACACCCCGGCAUCGCCCAGUUAUUCGCCAACGUCUCCAUCUUAUUCCCCAUCUUCUCCUCAGUAUUCCCCAGCUUCUCCGAGUUAUUCUCCGUCUUCUCCAAAAUAUUCCCCUACUUCGCCGAGUUACUCACCUACUUCACCGUCGUUUGCCGGUGGAAGUCCUCAAUAUUCUCCGACUUCUCCGAGCUAUUCGCCUACUUCUCCCAGUUAUUCUCCAUCGAGUCCUCAGCACACGCCAGCGGCAAGUUCUAGAUAUUCCCCAUCUUCUCCCAACUAUUCGCCCAGCUCUCCCAGUUAUUCGCCCACUUCUCCUCAAUAUUCUCCUCACAGUACAAAGUAUUCUCCCACUUCUCCUACUUAUACACCUACAAGUCCUAGUUACUCGCCGGCGUCUCCCGCGUAUUCGCCUCAGCCACCUAGAUAUUCACCUUCGUCACCUAGUUACUCGCCCACAAACCAGGAUCAGGAUUGAAUAGAUCGAGGAUAAACAGUUAUCACAUUUUUGCUAUUAUAUCUAUAUUAUUUACUCUGAAACUGGAAAA